CGAGCUUCAAGAGCUAGCAAACACACCCCUCCUCCAAAGCGAGCUUAGCUUCGCUUCACUUCAUCGCAGAGCAAGAGAGAGGGAGAAGGUAUAUGUCUAGCUAGCUAGCUAGCAAUGGGUGAGGAGGCAGCUGCGCCGUUGCUCGGCGGUCUCCACCUCCAUGGGGAUGGAGAUGGAGGCAAGAAAGAUCACGAGGAGCUGCCCGCGACGAGAAAGAAGAGGCGGUGGUGGUUGGUGGAGUGGGACGCGGAGGAGGCGGCGGGGCAGCUGGCGUUCGCGGCGCCGAUGGUGGCCACCAGCAUGGCCUACUACGCCAUCCCGCUCGUCUCCGUCAUGUACGCCGGCCGCCUCGGCGACCUCGAGCUCGCCGCCGCCACCCUAGGCAACUCCUGGGGCACCGUCACAGGCAUCGCGCUCAUGACUGGACUGAGCGGGUCUCUGGAGACGCUAUGCGGGCAGGGCUAUGGCGCCAAGGCGUACCGCAUGAUGGGCGUGUACCUGCAGGCGUCCAUCGUCACAUCUGCGCUCUUCUCCGUGCUCGUCUCCCUCCUGUGGCUCUACUCGGAGCCGUUCCUCGUCUUCCUCCGGCAGGACCCCGAGGUCUCGAGGCUGGCCGCCGUCUUCCUCCGCUACAUGAUCCCGGCGCAGUUCGCCUACGGCUUCAUCCAGUGCACGCUCAGGUUCCUGCAGACGCAGUCCGUGGUCAUGCCGCUCGUGGCGUUCUCGCUCCUGCCCCUGGUGCUCCACGUCGGGAUCACCCAUGCUUUCGUGCACCACCUCGGGCUUGGCUUCGCCGGCACAGCCAUGUCGACGUCGGUGUCGCUCUGGCUGUCCUUCCUCAUGCUUGCAGCCUACGUGAGGUUCUCGGAGAAGUUCAGGGACACCUGGGGGGGCUUCACCACCGAGGCGUUCCGGCACGUCCUGCCUGGCAUGAAGCUGGCCAUCCCCUCUGCAGUGAUGAUUUGCUUUGAGUACUGGUCGUUCGAGCUACUGGUGCUAUUUGCCGGGCUCAUGCCGCAAUCUCAUCUCAGUACUUCCAUCAUUGCAAUGUGCGAAAACACUGAAGCGAUAUCAUACAUGAUCACCUAUGGGUUUGCCGCCGUUAUCAGCACAAGGGUGUCGAAUGAGCUGGGAGCUGGGAACAUUGCCAACGCGAAGAAGGCGCUCACCGUGUCACUCGCGCUCUCCCUGCUUCUGGGGGUGGUAUUUCUUCUGCUCUUGUGCCUUGGCCAUGAUCUGUGGGUGAGUCUGUUCAGCAACAGCGAGAAGGUGGCAAGCGCGUUUGCAUCAAUGACGCCAUUUCUCAUCGGGUCUGUGGUGCUGGACUCCACACAAGGGGUCUUGUCAGGGGUUGCAAGAGGUUGUGGAUGGCAGCACUUGGCAGCAUGGGCCAACCUGGUGGCCUUCUACAUAGUUGGCUUGCCCCUCUCUGUCCUGUUUGGAUUUAUGCUUGGGUUUCAUACCAAGGGGCUGUGGAUGGGUCAGAUAUGUGGCCUCCUCUGCCAGAACUGUGUUCUGCUGUUCAUCACCCUGCGAACCAAGUGGGAAAAAUUAGACCUGACCAUGAUCAAUAACGAGAACGGUUUUGUCUGCUAAGAAUUGAAAACAGCAUGCUAGUUUCUUAUCAUGUAAUUUUGCUUGCGUUG